AUGUCUCCCCAAGAGGAAUACCUUUCUAUCAUUCAGCUCGGAGGAAAGGUCGAAGCGAGUAAAAUCGACAGUCUCUUCAGACAAUUGCCCCCAAAUCUACCUAGCGACAUGUUGGGAGAAUGGAAUGGAGGCUUUUUUGACACGGGCCAUCCCGUCACUGGACAGCUUAGAGAGAUCAAGUGGAUCGGCAAAUCAUUCAAAGCAAUCGAAGAUGUUGAUCCUGUCAUCAUUGAUCAGGGAGGCCGGCGGAUGAAUUGGGGGAAAUGGGGGUUCGCUAACAGUCCACCAGCUGGCACGGCGCGAGACCCCCGAACAAGCGGCAAACCCAUUCCAAAACUGUUCAAGCCGUUGAGCGUCCGUGGGACUACAUUCCACAACCGUGUCGGCCUAGCACCCAUGUGCCAUUAUAGUGCCGAUGACGGGUAUAUCACCCCAUGGCAUCAAGCACACUAUGGCGGAAUCGCGCAGCGAGGCCCCGGGCUGAUGAUUAUCGAAGCAACUGGUGUCUUGCCCGAAGGUUGUAUCACGCCGGGAUGCCUGGGACUAUGGAAAGACUCUCAAGUCAUACCUCUGAAACAGGUUGUCGACUUUGCUCAUAGCCGGAGUCAGAAGAUUGGACUUCAGCUCAGCCAUGCCGGACGUAAGGCUUCUACUCUCCCUCCGUGGGUUGGAGGAGGGGUUACGACCAAUACUGUUGGUGGCUGGACUGAGAAUGUCAAAGGUCCUAGCGCGAUCCCUUUCUCGGAUAAUGAAAUCGUGCCUAAGGAGAUGACUCUUCAAGACAUCCAAGAGUUGAAGGAUGCUUGGGUUGCUGCUUUUAAGAGAGGUCUUAGUGCGGGUGUCGAUUUCAUUGAGAUUUACGCCGCACAUGGUUACCUACUCUCAUCAUUCCUGAGCGCAUCCUCAAAAAUAAGCGACAGGAUAUCUACGGUGGUAGCUUCGAGAAUCGUAACCGGCUUGUUCUCGAAGUUUCUCGGCUUACGCGUGAGACUGUUGGACCUCAUAUGCCGGUCUUUCUCCGCGUCUCGGGCAGAUCAAGGCGCUGUUGAUCUCAUCGAUAUCAGUAGCGGUGGUGUUCACUCUGCGCAGAAAAUCACUUCCGGUCCUGCAUUCCAGGUACCUUUUGCUGCGAAGGUUAAAAAGGCUCAUGAUACUGGCCUCGCCUGGGCCUUUGCGAAGGGUCUUGAUGUUGAUAUUGGCAUGGCAGCCCAGAUCCGAUGGGGUUUCACCAGCUUCCGGAACGCCUCAGACUAUAUCCAACCCAACUCAAUGAAGGCGUCUAUUUUCGAUUAG